AUGGGGGCUGAUCAUAGCCGUCCGGAUACAUUGGACGAUGACUACGAGACCGUCGUUGCACCUCAUCCAGCUGCAGCCUCCCCGUCUGCGACGGUGGCUUCCCCAAGUUCGAGUAAGAAGGCUCCAGCGACGCGGCUUUGGCGCUCCGCUAAGGGCCCGGACGGGAGCGUUCGUUAUAAGUUGGCGGACAAGUCGAUCGGUUGGAAGUUCACGCAGAACCCUCCGCAAAAGACGCGCGACGAUGACGACGACGAUGAGGACGACGACGAUUACAAACCCGAAGGCGAGGAGGAGGAGGAGGACGACGAGGGGUACUGGUACUUCGUAGUGGCAGGGAGGAUCUGCGUGCGCGUGGACGAGAGUUUGAAUAUCCAGUUCAAUGACCAGCAGCGCCGCGUGGACUUCACGGACUUAAAGAACGUGUGGGCCAUCAAAUUCGCGACCGACGACGAAUAUGCUGACUUCUGCCGGCAGUACGACGCGUGCCUUUUUGAGAACACUCACGGCAUGUCGUACACCGAGGCGAACGCCGCCAAGGUUAUGGGGAAAGAGUUCGUGGGUUGGGCCAAGGGGGAGGAUGCGGAGGGAGCGAUGUGGGAGGACGCUGCGGAGGAGCUGCCGGACGGAGAAGGCGCGUUGUCGCCGUCGUCGCGCAAGGAGUCGUCCAUCACGGAGAGCUACGAGGAGACCCCCAAGGGCAAGAAGCCGCUGGGCUUCUCCAUGGGCGCGCUGGCGAACAGCUACUUGAUCCACGAGGGCGGCAUCGACGUGUACAAGAACCGCGAGGACGGCGUGCAUUACGCGGACGGGCUGAGCAUCGCGCUGGAGAAGAUGAGCAUGAAGGACGGCGGCACUCCCGCCACCGCGAAAAAGGGCCUGCUGCUGGACCGCGAAUCCACCAUGCUGCUCAUGAACCCUGGUGCUCCCACCGGCUCGCCCAGCCCGGCACAUUCGGCAGGGCUGCGGCAGCUGGACAUAGAGACGGGGAAGGUGGUGGCGCAGUGGAAGUUCGAUAAGGAUGGCACGGAGAUCAACAUGCUCGACGUCACGGGCGACAGCAAGGCCGCGCAGCUGCAGGCGGGCUUGUCCACAUUCCUUGGGCUGGACAAUAACCGCCUGUGCCGCUGGGACAUGCGUGACAGGGCAGGCCAAGUGCAGACACUGGCUUCCACCCUGGCAUCGCCAGCCGCGCUCACGUGGUCCGAUGGGCACCAGUUUUCGCGGGGCACCAACUUUCAGUGCUUUGCUACCACUGGCGAGGGGUGUGUGGCGGUUGGGUCACGGGAUGGCAAGAUCCGCCUGUACUCCACAACCUCCAUGCGCCAGGCAAAGACAACGUUCCAGGGCCUUGGGGGCGCCAUCACGCACAUCGAUGUGACAUACGACGGGCGGUGGGUGAUCGCCACCACAGACAAGAAGCUCAUUCUCAUCUGCACGGGCUUCAGAGACAAGGAGGGCAAGGAACGCUCUGCGUUUGUUGCCAGGGCUGGUGGCAACCUCGCUGCAGCGAGGCUGCUCAAGCUAACCCCUGAGCACGCACAGAUUGUUGGGAACUUCAAAUUCCAGAAUGCCCGCUUCUCGUGGGUGACAGAGAGUGACCGGCAGGAGAAGCACAUUGUGGCAACAGUUGACAAGUACACUGUCAUCUGGCCCUUCCGCCGAGUCAAGCAGCUUGAGCAUGACUGCUACACGCGCCAGGUUGGCCGCCUCAAGGAGUGCACAUGCUACCGCGUGGCUCCUCGCAACGAGUCAGUGAUUGACUCCAAGUUCAUGCAUGAUGACUAUGCAGGGCCCUCACUCCCAGAGGCUCCUCUUGUCGUUGCCACGCCACACCAGGUGGCUUCACUGCGCUUCUAG